AUGACUUUGUGCCUUUCUUUCUUUCUCUCUCUCUCUCUCUCUCUCUCUCUCACUCUCUGUCGCAUUCUAUCAUUAUGUCUCCUUCUGUCUCUUUAUCUUUAUAUAUUUCUUCAUGUUUUCCUAUCUCUUUAUCGCUUUACCCCCACCCCCAUUCUAUUCUUUCUCUGCCUUUAUUUUUCUAUUUUUAUCCCUGUCUUUUCGUCUCUCUCUGUCACUAACAAUCUCUCUAUUUCUCUAUCUUUCUUUGUCUCUUCAUCUCUCUGCUUUUCUGUCUUGCUUUUUUCUUCUCUCUGUCACUUUUUCUCAACCUCUUUAUUUUUUUCUUCCCUAUCUCUCUCUCUCUCUCUCUCUCUCUCUCUCUCUCUCCCUCUCUUUCUAUCUGCCUUCUCCCUUUUUUGCCCUUUCCCUGUCUGUCUAUUUCUUUUUGUUGCGUUUUCUUUAUUGUGUCUAUCUUUGUCUCUCUCUCUCUCUCUCUCUCUCUCUCUCUCUCUCUCUCUUCUCUCUUUUAUCUUUUUUUUCUAUCUCUUUGUCUCUUCGUCUUUUCUUCUCUCCGUCACUUUCUCAGACUCUUUGUUUCUUUAUCUCUCUCUUUUUAAUGUCGUUCUCUGUUUUUCUGUCUCUCUUUCUUGCUUUUAUCUCUCUCUCUCUCUCUCUCUCUCUCUCUCUCUCUCUCUCUCUCUCUCUCUCUUUAUAUAUCUGUGUAUUCUCUGCCUCUCUAUCCUCUUUCUGACCCUCUAUUUUUCUAUUUCUCGUUUUGUCUCUCUCGGUCUGUUCUUCUGUCUGUUAUUUUCUCACUCUUUUUCUUUCUCUCUCUCUCUCUCUCUCUCUCUCUCUCUCUCUCUCUCGAUACCUUCCCGUCUCUUUUUUUUUUCUCUUUGUCUUUCGCUAUGCCUCAAUCUGAACCUCUUUAUCUCUCACCGUUCUCUCUCUUUCUCUCUCUGUCUAUCAUAG